UAUAAUAAAAUUAAUGUAACAUACAAAAGUUUUUAGAUUAAAAUCAGAAAUGUCGGCCUCACUAGACUCAGCGUUGGACCCAAUGGAAGAAAUACGAUUUCGAAAAAAGCAUGGAGCUAUUUGGAUGGAGAUACAGAAAGACACACAUUUUACUUUUGACGAGUUGGAACAAAUAAUGGUGAUAUUUUUCAAAAUACAAAAGCGCGACGAGAAACCGGCGGGGUCGGAUUUAAUAUCAAGAGCGCACUUUAGGGAUGUUCUUCAUACCGGGUUGGGGAUGACGGACGCUUAUAUGAUGGAGCGUGUUAUGGUGGCCCUGGACAGGGGGACCUCUCCCUACGUUACCAUGGCAACGUUUGCGAAGGCAAUGUCUCUGUAUCUACGGGGUGAUUUGGAGGAACGCAUUUCUUAUGCAUUUACGUGUUACGACCUUUUGGGUGAAGGCCAUUUGCGGAGAGAGACUAUGUAUCAGUGUAUGAAGAAGAGCAUCUCUAAGGCUUCGCGGGAUGACGACGUGGAAGAAGCUGUGAAGGAAUUUGUGGAUAUAAUGCUGAAGCGGAUGGACGUGGACGUAGACGGUGUCAUCAGCUUCGAAGACUUCCACAAGUCUGUCACCCAGACCCCGUCCCUACUGGAGAGCCUUGGCUACUGCCUACCGGAGCGACCGGCCGUGUACGCGUUUCUCGCCACGUGGUGUCCUAAUUGGGGCAAAAUGUAG